AUGUCAGAAUAUGCAUUGGAAGAUUUGUCAAGCAUGAUGAGUACAAAUGUUGAAUCUCCCUACCAUCUUUGUCAGCUUUCUUAUCCUCUCUUGACGGCCUCAGGAAAUGGAAGUAUUGUGUUCGUCGCCUCCAUUGCCGGUAUAAAAGCUCUAACAAGACUAUCUGCCUAUGCAGCAACGAAAAGUGCCGUCAUCCAAAUUUCGAAGAAUUUGGCAUGUGAAUGGGCAAAAGAUGGCAUUCGCAGAAACACUGUAACACCAUGGGCAGUUAACACCGGCGUUAAAGUUGAAAAUGAUGAUCAUUCUGACGAUUUCAGACAGCUAAUAGGUCUAAUUCCGAUUCGCCGCAUUGCUGAGCCUAAUGAAAUAUCGUCACUGGUCACUUUUCUCUGCCUUCCUGCUGCUUCUUACAUCAAUGGACAAGUUGUUAGUGUUGACGGAGGAUUUACAGUUAGCAGUUUCUAG